AUGACAUCACUCAAGAAGAAGAGUAGGAGGAAGCCUUCUUCCCAGGCCCUGGGGAAUAUUGUUGGCUGCAGAAUUUCUCACGGGUGGAAGGAAGGUAAUGAGCCUGUCACCCAUUGGAAGGCCAUCAUUCUAGGUCAACUGCCAACAAACCCUUCUCUUUAUUUGGUGAAGUAUGACGGAAUUGACAGUGUCUACGGACAGGAGCUCCACAGCGAUGAGAGGAUUUUAAAUCUUAAGGUCUUGCCUCACAAAGUAGUUUUUCCUCAGGUGAGGGAUGUCCACCUCGCCAGCGCCCUGGUUUGCAGAGAGGUACAACACAAAUUUGAGGGGAAAGAUGGCUCUGAGGACAACUGGAGUGGGAUGGUGCUAGCCCAGGUGCCAUUCUUACAGGACUAUUUUUACAUUUCCUACAAGAAGGAUCCGGUCCUCUACGUCUAUCAGCUCCUGGAUGACUACAAGGAAGGUAACCUCCACAUCAUUCCAGAGACCCCUCUGGCUGAGGCGAGAUCAGGUGAUGACAAUGACUUCUUAAUAGGUUCCUGGGUGCAGUACACCAGAGAUGAUGGAUCCAAAAAGUUCGGAAAGGUUGUUUACAAAGUUCUAGCCAAUUCUACUGUGUACUUUAUCAAAUUUCUCGGUGACCUACAUAUCUAUGUCUAUACUCUGGUGUCAAAUAUCACUUAA